AUGUCGCAGUAUAUUGGGAAGACUAUUUCUUUGAUUUCUAAUAAUGACAAUCGUUAUGUUGGAUUGUUGGAAGCGAUUGAUUCGGAGCAAGGAAUUGUGACUUUGAACAAUGUGCGUUGUUUUGGAACAGAGGGACGGAAGAAUUGGGGACCUGAAGAGGUAUAUCCUAAUCCUGCGAUUUAUAAUUCAGUUGUUUUUAAUGGGAAUGAUGUAAAGGAUUUGAGUAUUUUGGAUUGUGCUUUAGAGCAAGUUCAGCCUGCGUUGCCGUCACAUUUGAUGGUGCCGGCGAAUAAUGAGGCUGCUGUCGGUCGCGAUGGUGUUCCUGUGCAAGGUGGACAGGUGCCUCCUGCGGUUGCUGGGUAUGGUGUUUAUGCUCCUGAGAGGAAGGAGGCUGUCAGGGGUGGUGGUAGUACAGGAAAGGGGCCGUCGGUGGAGAAGGCUGACGUGGUGGAUGCGAAAGUGCAAGCGGGGGCAGGGAACAAUGAUGGGGAGAAGGUUAAGAAGCAGCAAGGGAAACCUAAGAUUGCAGUUCCUAAUAAGGAUUUUGAUUUUGAAUCUAAUAAUGCCAAAUUUUCGAGGACAUCCGAUGGGGUCCCCGAAUCUAAUCGGGAGUCUGAACAGGUUGAAAACGCAAAUAACAAUCAAAACGACGAGGUGUUUUAUGAUAAAAAGUCCUCUUUCUUUGAUUCAAUCUCCACGUCAACUGAGGCCAACACAAACAUGAAGUGGCAGGAGGAACGCCAGUUGAAUAUGGACACAUUUGGUCAGGCAAGUGCUAGACCAAGGAACAAUAAACGUGGGCGGUUCCGUGGGCGUGGUAGGGGUCGUGGUGGUCGUUUCCCAACUAGGAACCAUGGAGGUUACCGUAAUGGCAACACUUUCAGAGAUACCAAAGAUGUGCCAGCCGUAUCAGAGAAGGUUGAAUUUUAA